AGACUUUCUAGUGAGAGAGAAUCAGAUGAUAUAAUAACGGAAUUCUAACCUAACUUAACCAAACACAAAAUUGUAUAUAAUUGAAAUUGUGAUGAAAGUGAUCUGUAUUUUUCCAAGUUUUUAGAUAUAAAAAAAUGGCUACUGUGAAAUUCGGAAAACACUUGAAAGAAUUGAGAAUCCUCCUCUGUCAAACGUCCAAAACUAGUCAAGGCGUUAGAGACUUCAUCGAGCAACAGUAUGUACCAUUAAAGAAAAAUAAUCCGAGAUUUCCCGUUUUAAUCAGGGAAUGCUCGUCGAUUGAACCGAAACUGUAUGCGCGUUACGGUAUGUAAAAAUCUAAA